CAUUAUUCCAAAAUUUCAAAAUCUCCAAUUUCUCACAUCCACCACUUAAAACGACGUCGUCUUAACAAAACCCUUUUCCCAAAUAUUAGGGUUUUCAAAUUCAAUUCAAACAAUUCAUACAUUAUACAAAAUUCACAGUUUUCUUUAAUGGAUGGUGAGAUUUGUACUCACAAAAGAUGAUCAACGGUCAAGAAGAGGCGAAUCGCAAUGGCGAAAAUGAAGAAAAUGGGAAAUAUCAUAGUGUACAGCCACUUAGGGACUUAGAAUCAAAUUGGGGUGUUGAUUUAGCAAAGAAUCUUGAAGAAUAUUUGCUUAAAAUUUGUUCUGGUGAAAUUACUCGUGAAAAUUAUGAUGAUGGGCAUCACCUUUCUGUUAAUUUUGCUGAAGCUGCUUUGCUGCUUCAGGGGUCAGUUCAGGUGUACAGCAGGAAGGUGGAAUAUCUGUAUUCUCUGGUGUUGCAUGCUUUGGAAUUCAUUACGAAAAAGAGUGAACCAGAACUACAAGCAAGUGGAUCAGCGCAAGCAGAUGAAGACGGGUUGCCUGCUGCCAAUAAUGGAGAGGAUGAUUCAUUCUGGGCUUCAGGGGAAAUCCCAGUGGAAACAAAGAACAUGUUGGAUAAUACGGCAUGCAGGGAUUCGUUCACCCAGUUUGUGAAGGCCCCAGCGAAUCUGGUUGUGCUCGAGGGUGACUGCCUGGAUGUCACUGGAGAUGCUGGAGAACUAGAGUCUUACUUGCUAGCCACGUGUGAUCUUUAUCGUGAUUUUAUUCUGUUGGACGCAUGUGAUUCUGUAACAGUGGAUGGGUUUCUGGACAGUGAGAAUAUAGCUGGAAAGGGGCUGAACAAUAGCUGCAGGGGUAGUUCUUUAAAAUCCAAAUACCGCAAAAGCUUUUCCUCUCCCGCCGGACUUUCUGGUGGAACUGGCAAUAAAUCUUCAGCUCGAAAGAACCAGGAUGCUAAUUUACAUCAAUCUCCAAGGGUUCAUGAGUUUGACCCGGGCAAUUUAAGCAAUGAUCCACAUGAGUUUGAUCAAGGCAAUUUUAACAAUGAUCCGUUCUCAUCUGAUAUGCCUGAUAACAUUAAUGAUGCACAUGGAUGUGAAGAUGGAUAUUCAGGACCUCAUGAUUCAGAUGACUCAGAUAAUGAAGAAGACCCAUGGAAACCCUUGAACCCUCAUGAAGCUGGCACUUUGAAAGUAAAACCGUAUAAAAAAGUCAAGUCUAACAGAAGGCAGGGUGUGGUAUCCAGAAAACUCGCAUCUUUGGCCACAGAAUUUCCGCUUGCGAAAUUACAUGGUACCACUAGUACCGACCUCAAUGACAUGUGGGAGAAAAAAUGUUGUGCCAUGAGUAAACAAGUUGACUCACAAUAUCCACCACCAUUUGAGAAGCUCCGGGAAUCACUUCUUCAUGGGGUGAACAACGACUAUGAUGGUUUAUGUAGUCCAAAGAACACGAAUGAAAACGAUGACUACGAUGGUGCAGAUCACGAUUUUGGGCCUCCUGACUUUGACAUGCCAGAAAAUGCAGAAAUGCAAAAUGAUGCAACUCCACAUGGUGAAAAGCAUGAUAAUUGUAGUCCACUUUUUGAUAGUGAACCUCACGAAGAUCCGAAUGGUCAUGAAAACCUUGAAGAUCUUUGUCGCUCCCACUUGGAUUCUCUUCUUGCUAGCCUUGCUGAAACUGAAAAGCAGACUGAAUUGGCUGCUCGGGUUUCAACGUGGAAACAGAGAAUUGAGCAGAACUUGGAGGAACAAGAAUCACAUCCGCCCUUUGACAUUCAUGAAUAUGGGGCAAGGGUUUUGAGCAAGUUAUCCCUGGAAGAAAUUGAUAAAAGCACCAUGUCUUUUUCUGAUGUUGUCAAGGGUUCUGAGAAGCAUGACAUUGCUCGAACAUUUUCUGCGCUUCUGCAGUUGGUAAACAAUGGAGAUGUUGGUUUGGAAAGAGGCGGAGUACGUGAGUCCACUUGUUUCACGGCUGCAAAUCCCUUCUGUGUCAGGCUCCUUAGGCAUGAGAACGGAAGGGAGAAAAUGCAGUUUCAAUCAUCAAGAAAGAGAGCGAAAUCUCCAGUACACAAUCAGUACGGUAGAAAGGAAAAGAACAAAGGUAAGGCAGUUCAGGCUGUUGUUGGUUCAUCGCCUUCAGGACCCAAUUCGGGUUGUAGAUUUUCCGUGAAGCUGGGAAAGGUUAAUGGAACUAGAUGCACACCUGAAAGCAAGAAAAGAAGAAAGUCAAGAUUAGUGAUACCAUCGGAUCUGCGCACUGCAUUGUAAUAAGACAGACGAUUAACCCCACCAUUGUAAUUCUUACCGCGAACCAAUAACCCGUUGGCUGCAGAAAUUUGUAAGAUCUAUUUCUUACUUAACUUAAUUAGGACUUAGCGCUGUACUGAGUAAGGUUGGAUGUAACAAUAUUUGACAUAUGCAGAGCUUACUCUUCAUUAGUCUAUUUGUAGACAAACAUGUCAAUAGAAUUGCCAGAAAUGUUUCCGUUACAUGUGUUGGUGGGAGGUAGCAGGUACCCCGUGAAAUUUGUCGAGGUGUGUGCAAAUUGAUCCGAACACCAUGUUAUCAAAUUGCCAGUAAUGUUUCAAGUGUAUAUUUUGUUUGUUGGAGGUGUAGAGCUACUAUAUCAUCAAACCAGUAAAUUUACCUA